GACCAAACAAAAUCCACGAGCACACAGCCACACCUCGCUCACCACCGUUCAGACUACGGAGCGAAGAGGGCUCCCGGAAUCUCGGCGGCGGCGGCGGCGGCGGAGGCGGCAUUGGUCCCUGGCGCCUCCGGCAUACGCAGCCUAUCAGGAACAGACCGGCUCCCAAGUUCGUCGGCGGCGGCGUCGUCGUCGGCAGCGGCGGCGGCGGCAGUCGCUGGAACAUCGAGCUAGGUGACGGGGCUGUAUCGGGACCGGUGAGGACGACGGCAGCUAGGCCACCGACUUUCGGCAAUUCUCAGACAUGGCAUCAUCCACUGAUACAGAUAUGCUGGAAGAGCAUGUGCCCGUCAAGACAACUACUGUUCAAGUGAAGUGGUGUGGCAAUGAUUAUGAUGUGGUGGUACAAUCUGAUGCCGAUGUUGGAGAGCUAAAGCGACGUGUCGAACACGAUACGGAACUUCCUUUCAAGAGGCAAAGACAUAUAAACACUCAGACAAAUGAUGAAUUGGCUGAUAAUUAUCGUGUUUCUCUGUUGGACAGUCCACCCACGACGUUUCUCAUUGGGUUGAACAAACCGGACCUUCCACUCUACUCGCGGUAUUUUUCUUAUGACAACACAAACCGCAGCUGCUCUGUCAAGGCCAUUAAGCUAGGGAAGAAAAAAGACUUCCUUUCUGAUUUUCAUGAGGUGCCUACUGCCUUCUUCAGAGGAACCUACACUGUAGGGAGUUUCACCACUGAUUGCCUCUUGAAGUGGUAUGAUGCUAAAGACAAACACAAAGUUCUUUCUUCGCUCCGACUGAUGAGCACCUGGAGGCACCCAAAUGUGGUGGUGUUGCAGAAUAUCUACAAGUUGCACCCAGAUUAUCGUCUUAUAAUAUCCACCAGCUCUUUUGAUGGUACCUUAAAUGGAUGGCUCAAGCAUGGUGAAAAGAACAAGAUUGAAGAGAACAGGAUUUUAAAUAUGGAUGGAAAAUUCACCCCUGUUUUCAGCAGAAUCACACUAGAUCUACUUGAUAUCUUGGACAAGAUGAUUAGACGUAAGAUGUGUCCGAAAGACCUUACAGUUGACAACCUAUAUCUGAAGACUGUGAAUGGUCAACCUCAACUUAAAGUAUUCUUCGAUGAUGUUGAGGAUCUCAGGGAUAAGACUCAAAAGUAUAUGGAAAAACUAUAUGUGAAACUAUGUGCGGAGAUAAAGAAAAUUAUGACAGCCGACGUUUUGAUACAAAUGCACACAGGGACCAGGGUGUACUGUGAUUUCAUUGAGAAACAUGGUCCUGACUUCAUUGGCAAAAAUUUGGCAAAAGUUGCCAAGUUUUAUCCCAUUGAGUGGGAUGAUGAAGACAAGAGCAAGUAUCUCAUUGACAUAUUCUCAUCAACUCGAGAUUGUAAUGCGGCUCUUAAUGCUUGUGGAAUAAGAUGGCCAAGAAAUGAGUCUGAAGAUGACACGUGUCAGGAGCUGAAAACACUAAAAGAAAUGAUGGAAAGAGCGAACAUAGAUAACAACAAAAGGAAGGCGGCGCUGAAACUUCAAGGAGCCGAGGGUAGAGCUACGGCCAACAAGAUUAGGGAAUACAUAUGGAACUGUGAUAUUGACUAUCCAAAUGAUCUUGUCAGGCUCGUGAGGAACUUAUGGAAGCAUUUCUCCACGUACCCUCACUACAUUAAGACGCACCUUGUGGGUAGCCAAAGUGCUGUUUUGCACAAGUUCGAGCAGUGGUGCCCUGAUGUCUGGACGUUGAUCUACAACACCGUGGGCCAACCAUUUAUGUUGCCUUUCCUGUUUAGAUUUAAACUCCUUUCUCUCGUCAUGCAUGUUUUUAUUUUUCAUUGUGCUGCUACGACAUGCUUACAUGGUCUUGUGUUGGGUGCUACUUAGCUCAUACCACACCAUGUGGUUUCUGAAAGGCGUAUGUGGCCAGAGUAGAGCUGGUCUGUUGGGUCAAACAUUGGCUUCCUACAGUCUCCCCAUAGGUCCAUGGCCAGUUGGUGUUCACAGCAUAAAUUGGUAAUUUUUAGUCUUGUGUAGUCUGGCCAUAUAUAGGUCCAUGGCCAUACCAUGCAAUGCAGAAAAUGGAAACUGGUUUGUAGGAGUACUUUGUAGCAUGGUGAAUAAAUUGUUGCUGCAUGAAUAUAUCUCAAAUCAUUAGCAGGGACAAAGAGUUCAGUGCCUCCAUGUCAAAUGUCCUGACCUAGUACAUUCUCAAUAAAUGCUCCUGGCAUUUGAAGCAGUGGUGGUAUGUCCAGAGAGUAGAAUCAGGCGGACAACUAGGCAUCAUGCUGUGACUUGUGAGCAGGGCACCUUUUGGUCAAGUGAGCUAGUUGUGACUGCUGCUGUAAGCUCUGCCCAGCUAACUAGCUAGUAGUAGGAGAUUAUGAUGCACUUGACAUGGCUCGGGUCUAGCCUUUGCAAAGUCCAGUGAGACCACAACCUUUUGUUUAACCCAAUCCGGGGUGUCCUUUGUUCCAAAAUUUUAAAUAAAUCAAUCAAUCAAUCAUAAAGCUUGUUUGAUCUGUAUAUGGUUAUAAAUACUCUAGAUGAAUUUCUCGGGGGAUCUGCUUUACAUGCAUUGGUUUGACAUAUUUUGCAGGAAGCAAGAAGACUGGUGGUGGUGGAGGCAGCCAAGGAGAUUGCAAGCAAGGAGGCUGAAGCAACGUUUUUGGGAAUUCAGUAGCAUGCAUGGAAGUGACGAGAGCAAUGGGUAUUUUUUUUGGAAAAAAAUUAUAUGAGACCGGUCUCAUAUAAA